AUGAGUAGUGGAAAACUUGAAGUUCAUAUUGUUCAAGGUAGAGGCAUAAAAGAUAUGGACACCGUUGGUCAAGGUGACCCAUAUGUUGAACUUUGGUUGGAUGAAGAUUCUUCUACCAAACAUAAGACUGAUUCUAGGAGUGGAACUAAUACGCCUGUAUGGGAUAAAUAUUUUCAUUAUUUUGUUAAAAAUCACAAAGAACUUCAUCUCAGACUUCUCGAUGAAGAUGUUGGUGCAUCUGAAUUGAUUGGUGUAUGUUCAAUUCCCCUUGCCGAUGUGUAUGAAAAAAGAUAUGUUGAUCAGUGGGUUCAUUUGCCAGACAAGAAAUCUCAAGAAAGCAAUGGAGAAGUUCGUGUAAUUUUGGAAUAUUGGCCAACUAAUAUUUAA